AUGGCCACCCUCUUCCGACGCCUCACCUCGACCCCCUUCCUCCGUGCGCAAUUCCGAACACUGAUCCUCUCGGGGCAGACCUUCUUCUUCGUCCACCUGUUCUGGGAGCACUUCUACUGCGUGGGCGCCGCGACGGGCGCGAGUAUGCUGCCGACGAUAAACAUCGCCGGGGACUGGGUCGUGAUAUCGAAGCUGUACUCCCGCGGCCGCGGGAUCGGCGUGGGCGACAUGGUCAGCUACGUGCGCCCGGUGGAUGGGCCGGGGGUGCACGUCAGUAAGAGGAUUAUCGGGAUGCCGGGGGAUUGGGUCGUAGCCGAUCCCGAGAAGGGGGAUGAGAUGGUCAAGGUGAGUCCGGGGAGCGUGGGAUUGGAUUGGAUUGGAUUGGAUCGGUGGUGGUGGCGGUAGUAGUAGUAGUAGGGAGAAGCGGCCUAAUACGCGGUUUACAUGUGUUAGGUCCCCCCGGGGCAUUGUUGGACCACCGGGGAUAAUUUGCCGUUCUCCAACGAUUCCAGGCAUUACGGACCUGUACCGCUUGCGUUGAUUCGUGGGAAGGUUAUCGCUAGGUUUAAGCCGAUGCCAAAGUUUUUCGAGAAUGGGUUGAAGGAUAUUGAGGAUUGA